AUGCCGGGUUCAGGGUCCGACCCGGGGCCCUCGGAGCAGUUCCCACAGCAACAGGCCGGGGCACGUCACGGCGCUUGCGCCGCUUCUCGCCCCGCCCCCGCCGGCGCGGCUAAGGGAGCUAACCCAGAACCCUUAGACAGCUGCCUCACGCGGCGCCUGAAAUUCUGGGGGUCGGGGCUGCGCGGAGCAGGGGAGCUGCGGAACCGCAGACCGAAGCCCUCCGUCGCGGUCACUAAGUCCGUGGCAGCGCGCAGCAGGAGCAGCCUGAGGCGUGUGCAGGCUCCUUCCUCGGUCCGCGUUUCGUUCCCGCGCGCCCCUCUCGGGCUUCGGCCCUCCGGUGUCCUGGCUGCCCUGGUUGUGGCUGUCCGGGCGGUAGCCUGGCUGCUCCUCUGGCUGGUGACUUGGCACAUCUGCACGCCAGCCGGGGCCUUCACAGCCGCCCCCUCCGACGCUGGCAUAAGGGCCACUUGUUCUGAAAUUAUUUUGAGGCAAGAAGUUUUGAAAGAUGGUUUCCACAGAGAUCUUUUAAUAAAAGUGAAAUUUGGAGAAAGCAUUGAGGCCUUACAGACCUGCCGACUCUUAAUUAAACAGAACAUCCCAACAGGACUUUUUGUGGAUCCAUAUGAAUUGACUUCAUUACUAGAGAGAAACAUAACAGAGGCAAUGAUGGUUUCAGAAAAUUUUAAUAUAGAAGCCCCUAACUAUUUGUCCAAGGAAUCUGAAGUUCUCAUUUAUGCCAGACAAGAUUCACAGUGCAUUGAUUGUUUUCAAGCCUUUUUUCCUGUGCACUACCGCUAUCAUCGACCACAUAGUAAAGAUGGAGAAACCCUUAUUGUGGUCAAUAAGCCAGAUUUAUUGAUGCAUUGUGACCAAGAGUUCCCAAUUUUGAAAUGCUGGGGUCAGUCAGAAGUGGCAGCUCCUUGUGCUUGGAAGAAUAAGAAUAUCUGCCAGUGGAACAAUGUGAAGUAUAAAUUGGUAUAUAAGAAUGUGACUCUACAGGUUCCAGUGGGACUGACUGAACAUACCUCUUUAGUAUGUUCUGUGACUCUGCUCACUACAAUCCUGUGUUCUACUUUGAUCCUUGCAGCUGUUUUCAAAUUUGGCCAUUUUUCCCUUUAAGUUUUAUGCAGUUAAAUGCUUUCUAUAAACCUAAAUAAGACCUAUUCAUUGUAUUCUUCUAGAAUUAAGUUGUAACUUUUGUCUUUUGUCUUCAUUUAUGGCUAAAAUUAUGUUUACCAGAGGAAAUUUUGGGUCAUUGUCAGCUAAUUUCAAAAUUUACUGCUCUCAUGUAGACCCUUGAUAAUCCUCAAGCAUCAAGUGCUUAUAGAGGAAACUUAAUUCUGUUAAAUUAAUACUUAUUUUGUGAGAAGAAUUUUAUCUUCAU